AUGAAAUAUUUCUGGAAUAUUCCUGAAGGUAUAUAUAUACCAUAAAUCGAUAAACACUACAAGUCAUAAAAAAUAUAUAUAUAUAUAUAUAUUAUAUAUUAUAUAUUUUAAUAUUUUAUAGGUUUUGCAUAUAUUUAGUGUGAGGUUUCGUUUGACCUAGAAACUAUAAACACUUGGAAGCACUAAACCCUAAAAUCGACAGAGCAUUUUUGAACAGAUGGAGAAGGCUUUCCGUUGGGAGAUAAACAACUUUUCCGAAAAUAAAAGUGUGAUGAAGUCAGAUCGUUUCUCAAGCGGCGGCUGCGAAUGGUAUCUUUGUGUUUAUCCCAAGGGAAAAAUUGUGGAUGAUCACUUGUCUCUAUUCCUGAACGUUGUGAAUUUUCGAAAACUGCUACCUGGAUGGAAGAGACAAGCUAGUUUUAGUUUUGUUGUGUUGAAUCAAUCUGGCAAAGAGCUACAUAGAACAGUUGAAAAAAGCAGAUUGUUCUGUGCUGAGGCUCCAAGCUGGGGUUAUUCCAAAAUUUUGCCUCUUACCAAGCUUCAAGAAGAUGGGUUUUUGGAGAACAACAAACUAACCAUUGAAGUCAACAUUAAAGUAACUAAAGUUGCUCACGAAGGAAAAUCAACUGAGAAUGAAAUUGUUGUUGUUCACGGUUUCCAUGUUCUUAAUAGUCAGGUUGUUUCAAUGCACAACAUGUUUGUGAAGCACCCAGACGUUGCGGUAGAUAUUAGAUCAGAUAUCAGAGAGGUGAAGACAGCAUACAUGAAUAUUCUUCUCGGUCUAGUCCAGACACUAGCCAAGCCUCCUCAGAGCUUGUCGGAGACUGAGCUAAGCAACGCUGACAGCGAGUUGAGCGAGCUAACUGAUGCUGGCUUUAAGCUGGAUUGGUUGAAGUCAAAGCUUGAGGAAGUUUCCUUGAAGAGGAAGGAACCAUCUUCUCAUCUCAAAGUUGAACUGGAUAAGGAGAAGAUCGAAUCGGCUACUGCUGCUCCUGCUCCUGCUCCAAGAGUUUCUCCCUUUGAGUGCAUAGACGUUUUGAUAAAGAAAUUCUUUUUGGCUUGCUUCUCAGGACAAGGUUUCGCUUUGCACUACAACUUUCUUUCAAAAACUAUUCUAACUUUCUUUCAAAACCUAUUCUACCGCUUGAUGAAGCCUCAUCAUAAGAUAUGGGGAAUCAAAUGCAGAAGAGUAUCUCAGAGAAAUCGUUUUAGAACAGAUAAGGGUGAUCAGUUGCAAACUUGUUACACGUUCGAGAUAGAUAACUUCUCCCUGAAUAAAUAUUCGAUAAAGUCUCCAAAGUUCUUAUGUGGAGGGUGUGAAUGGUAUCUUCUAGUUCAUCCCACGGAAACCAGAUUUGAUGAUCACUUGAGUGUGUACCUAUGCGUUUAUAAUCCUAAGUCAUUGCGAACUGGAUGGCAAAGGAAAGCUAACUUUCGAUUCACUCUCUUGAACUCGAACCAAUCCGGAAAUGUCCUCAAUAGCGCAACUGAAAGGUCAUGCUUAUUCUGCGCUCAGUUCUCAUCCUGGGGUCAUAAGACAUUGCCACUUAGCAAGCUUAAAGAAGAAGAGUUUUUGGAAAAUAGCAAACUGUUCAUUAAAGUCGACGUAAAAGUAGUUGACAUUGUUCAUGAAGCAGAGAUAACUGGAAAGGAGACGUUAUUUCUCAAGGGUUUUGACGUUCUUUAUAGUCAGUUUGAUUCAGUGCACAAAAUUUUCGAGAAACACCCAAACAUUGCUAUUGAUUUCAAACCAAAGGACAAAGGUGUGAAAGCAGCAUACAUGAAUCUUCUUCUCAGCCUCAUCGAGACACUGCGCAAGCCUCUUCGUAGCUUUUCUGAGACUGAGCUAAGCGACGCUGAGAGCCAGUUGAAUGAGCUAACAGAAGCUGGAUUCAAGCUGGAUUGGUUAAAGACAAGGUUUGAGGAGAUUUACUUGGAGAGAAAGAAUGCAGAUGCUGAUAAAUCUAGGGCCCAAGAAGUGGAGGAACGCAUCAAGAACCUUGAGCUGACUUUGUCAGAUCUCAAAGUUGAACUAGAAAAGGAGAAGGCUAAAUCUGCUGCUGAUGCUACGCUUUUGUCUUUUGACGAAAUUGUUUUAGGUCAAAAAUAAAAGUUUGGAGGUUCAUGUAAUGUAUCUGGGAUUAGCUUGUUACUAUGUUCAUUGUUUCAUCACUUUUCAACACAUGUUUGAGUUCAAGUGUUUGGUCGACAAAACAGAAAACCUUGAGGAAAAUUCUUGGCAGCAAAGGUGUUUUAUUUUACAAGCACCGAAAGGUUAAAAUAUCAAAAGAUGUAAGUACUGUGGGCCAAGAAAAGGUCCAAUUAAGCCCAUAACUCUUUGGAAGCCUGACUGAAAAUGAUCGCUGAUGUGUGUGGGUUUUGGUGGUUCGUUUAUGAUUGUUUGUACUUUGUAUCAAUCAGCCUUUGUGCAGAUCCGUGCUUACAGCCUAUUGAAAAAGGCAUUUGCCUAGAGCCUCCAAAUUUUGUAAAUUUUUUAGGGCCUCUAAUUAUAAAAAAAAAAAUUUACAUGGUAGUUAAUGUAUUCUUUUAGUUGAUUUUUAUUAUUAUUUGAUUCUAAAUUUGACUUCUGUUUAAAAUAACUAAUUUGUGAUCAAUUUUACUAUAUUUUAGAUAAAACUAUAAAAAUUCUACUUCAAAUUAUCUGCAAAUAUUUGAUCCACAUUUAUCUUCAUUGUAUAUAUUAUGAGUUAAAUUUAUUUUAUAUAUUUAUAGAAUUUGAUUAAAAAUUUAUAAUAUUUUUAAUAUAUAGAUUAUUGUCUUUAAUUUAAACGCUAAUAUUUAGCUUUUUAAUAGCGACCAACAUUUCAAUCCAAAACGUUAAGAAUAUAUAGUUUGGUUUUUAGUUUAUAAAAGUCUGGUGCAUAAAAUUUAGAAAAUGUUUAGGUAAUAAAUCAAAAAAAUUUAGUGUUAUAUAUAUAUGUUUUUUCAAAAAAAAAAAUAUUUUAUAUAAUUCAAAUUUAAAUAAAAAUAUUUUCAAAAAAAAUAUCAUGUAAUUUUUUUUUAAUUCGCCUCGGACCUCUAAAAACCUUCGCACGGCACUGCUUUUGUCCACUGUAUCAUACAAAAGUUAAUGUAUCUAGUUGUAGGAAGAGGGUUCUCAAGUCUGUUAAGAAAGUAAUGAAGACAGUUUAUUUAUGAAAGUUGAUUGCAAACUGGUUAUCGAAUAGAGAAAAAGACUACAAUAGCACUAAACCAAGUUUUUGUUCCUAAAUUAGCACUCAAGGCUCAAAGUCACAAAAAUAGGUUUC